UGAGCUUGCCUAUCUUGAUUCGAGGCUACAUAGCAUACGAUACGAAACACCAUAAGAAUUUUUUUUUUUCCACUCUUAGAACACGAAACAUCAAGUCUGAGCGUCAUUUUUUUUCCCUCUGGAAAAUUGAGACCCCAAGCAGCAGAUAUGUCUCAAGAAAACACCAUAAUAGACACAAACUCCAAAGGCGGAUCCAUGGCCGACUUUGUUUUCGACGAAUCACUCAUCGAAUGGACGGUACCAAAAGCCGACUGGCUCAGGAUCCACGACAAGCACUUUGACGGCAUAGGCACGUCGGCAUUCGUGUUUGACGCGCAGAACCGCGUGCUGUUGGUGCAGCGCGCCGCGCACGACAGCAUGCCGAAUCUCUGGGAGGCGCCUGGCGGGGCGGUGGACGCGGGCGACGUGUCCAUCCUGCAUGGGUGCGCGAGGGAGUUGAGGGAGGAGGUUGGGCUUGUGACGAGGCGGAUGAAGAGGCUUGUUACGGAGGGGAAGGGGGGGGAGAAGUGGUCUGUGUUUACGAACAGGACUGGGACCAAGAUUAUCUGCGGGUUUGGGUUUGAGGUUGAGGUUGAGGAGGGAGCGCAGGUGGUGCUGGAUGAGAAUGAGCAUCAGGCGUGGGUUUGGGCUGGGGAGGAGGAGGUGAGGGAGGAGAGGAUGCGGGAUGGGAAGGGGAUCGCGUUGACGGGGAUGAUGAUGAGGAGUAAGUUGCUGGAGGCGUUUAGAUUGCGGAGGGAGGCUGGGGAGAGUGUGUGAUGGGAUGGUGUUGCGGCAUGGGUAUGAGGGAUGAACUUGGCUAGGUGGUGUUUGUGAGUAUGAAGAUGGGACUGAGAGUUGGCUUUUGAGACUUGAGCGGUCAGAUGGUCUGUUGAUGUUCAGUUCUCAUAGAAUGAUUCUGUUCUUUUGUUGGUUAAAGAUAAAAAUGCACCUUUUCGUUGCUUGAGUGGCAAGUAACUUGGUUGAAUGUAUGUAUGACAGAGUGAUGUAGUAGACGAAGAUACAACGAGGUUCUGGUGCUAUAAGGAGAGGUACCGGGUUGAUGGGUCAUGGAAUGAACCUCUUCAUGCAGACCGAGUCUGAUGUGUGUUAAUU